AUGGCCAAUGUGGACAGACUCAUGGAGCACAUUGGAUACUUUGGACCUUUCCAGAAGAAGAUAGCCAUACUUGGUUCUUUGCCAGUGAUACUUUUUGCCUUUGUGUUUGUUGGAGUUGUCUUCCUGGGGCACACCCCUGAUCACUGGUGCUGGACUCCUGGAUCUGAGCAGCUUGUGGACGAGUGUGGCUGGACUGAGGUCGAGGUGCGAGAAGUUACCGUUCCCCACGCGGCCGGAUCGUUCUGCCAAAGAUAUUCUGCAAAUUGGCCCCAAAGCCAAAACAAAUGUGAUGCGGUGAUGUGGGAGCUGGCUUUGAAUGGAUCUCAGACGUUGCCGUGUGAUGGCAGAUGGGUAUUUGACAAGAGCUACACAACUACUGUUUCGGAGUUUUCACUGGUCUGUGAAAGAGCCUGGCUUGCUGAACUAAAUCAGGUGCUCCUGGCUAUCGGAUUUUUUACUGGCGCUUUUGUGACUAGCUAUAUAGCUGACAGGUUCGGCAGAAAGCCAUGCGUCAUUGCCUCAAUGCUUGGCCUAGGAAUUACUGGAGUAGGGAUCAUGCUGUCACCCUGGUACCCACUGCUGCUCCUCUUGCGAUUUGUACAGGGAUUUUGUGGAAAGGGAGCAUGGACAGCCACCUACGUUCUAGUUGUUGAGUUUUUUGGAGCAGAACACAGAAAAUUUGUGUCUAUGGUCAGUCGGAUUUUCUACUCUGUUGGUUUGGUCAUCCUGCCUGGCCUGGCUUACAUUCUGGUCUCCUGGAGGAAUCUGCAGCUGGCUAUGAGUCUUCCUUCCUUUCUGUUUGUCUCAUACUACUGGUUUGUCCCAGAAUCUCCUCGGUGGUUGUUUUCCCAAGGAAGAAACACAGAGGCCAUGAAAGUUGUUUCAAACAUGGCGAAAUGUAACAAUAGAGUUUUGCCACAGAAUAUCCAGGAGAUGAUUCCUUUGGAGGAAAAGAAAGAAGCGCCUUCAGUGUCAGUCAAGGAUUUAUUUCGGACACCAAACAUAAGAAAAAACACACUGAUUUUAACUUAUGCCUGGUUUACAAGCACUGUUGUGUUUCAAGGCCUGGUCCUACGGCUCGGGAUAAUUGGAGGUAAUCUAUUCCUGGAUUUCUUCACCUGUGCUGUGGCAGAGCUGCCCGCAGGCCUCAUCUUCUAUCUGCUGGUGGACAGAGUGGGCCGACGCUGUCUAAUGGCCAUGACUAACCUCACCGCAGGAAUCGCUUGCCUCGUCGUCCCUUUCAUGUCCACCAAUUACUCCUGGUUGGGAAAGUCUGUCGCAAUCAUUGGGAGGCUUGCUGUUGCCAUUGGGUUUGAGACUGUGAACUUCGCAAACACAGAGAUGUAUCCCACCUCUCUGAGAAAUGUGGGUCUGUCCGUGUGUUCGUCAGCCAGUGACAUUGGUGCGAUUGCAUCUCCCUUCCUGCUGUACAGACUGUCCAACGUCUGGAAGGAGCUGCCUCUUAUUCUUUAUGGUGUCAUGUUGGUGCUGUACAGUGCUCUGGUGACAUUGUUGCCUGAAAUGAGUGGAGUUUCCCUGCCUGAAAACAUAGAGGACGUGGAAAAUCUGAAGAGGGUGAGAAAGAAAUCGAAGAAUAAAACUGGAGACAACCCAGUUAUAUGACAAAGGACCGAAGACCUGACUAGAAGGACUGUUCCUCUGUUAUUUUGCACAGAAGUACUGUUUUUUUAUUCUGCAGAUUUGUGUUACAUAAUUUUGUGCUGCUCAACGGUGUUUAUCUGAGAUUUGCCCAGCAACCAAAUCUAUAUUUUUCAGGACAAAAAAAAAAUCAGAUAUUUAUAUCACUGAUAUGCAGAGCUUUGCUUUUGCUUGUAGUUUUUCCCCUCAUUCAAGUGUCUGUUACAUAACAUGUUAUUUCAAAAACAUCUUUAAAAUCCACCCGAAGCUUUGCAGCCUCAUGGACUUUUGUAGAACAUCUUUCAUGCAACCUCCUUAGGGAGAAAUC